GUGCGCCGGUUCCCGAGGACGGGUGUUUCUGUUGCACGAGUCCCUGCCAUGGCAGCAGCGGAGGGGAAGGACCCGCUAGGCUUCUUCGCGGCGUACGCUAGCGAUAACAGCUCGAGUGCCGGUUCGGAUGCUGAGGACGAGGAAGGCUCGAGCCGAGAGGCCAAGGCGUCUUCACAGCAGCCGCCGAAUGGCGUCCCCGAGGGGAAAUUGCGCUUGCCCGGGCCCGAGGAGCUCUUCCGCAGCGUCAAUCGACCGGCUUUCCUCUAUAACCCGCUGCAUAAGGAGAUAGACUGGGAGAGUCGGGUCGUGCGAGCUCCUGAAGAGCCUCCUAAGGAAUUCAAGGCAUGGACCACAAAUGCUGUGCCUCCCCCUGAGACUUACAUUGUCAAAGAAAAAAAGCCUCCGCCUCCUCCUGAGCGUGAUAUGGCAAUCAAAUGGUCAAAUAUCUAUGAAGAUAAUGGUGAUGAUGCUCCACGGCAUGUAAACAAUGUACAGUUCUUACCAGAAGAAGAGCAAGAAUACCUUGAAUCAGAUGGUGAAAAAGAUGAACCCAGCUCAUUUAAGAAACGCAAAUUAAAUCCUGAUGAGCAGACAAAGAAGAAAAGGCAAUGAUGAAUUGAACAAAGACUGAUGAAUUUAUCAAUGUCGAAGUUCUGAUUUGAUUGAUGUUUGUUGUAAAUGUCAAGCCUAUUAAUGCAAAUGUUUCUAGUGGAAACCUUUUAAUUACAACACAACUUUUAAAACAUGUUGUGGUAAAUAUUUGUGCUCAUAUAGACUUUGUAAGUUCAUAUCUUCUUCACACUUAAGAAAGAAUCUUGUGACAUUGUAAUCUUUAACAUGUGGCAUAAAUUUUUUGGCCUUUAAUAUGCUACAGGAGUUUAAUUUUUGGAGCAAUAAGCAAGUAUUAUGAAAAAUAUUACAUAUGAACAAUGAUGAUAUGUGAAACGUAAAUGUAAUAAUUGUUUACUGAACUACUAUUGUGAUAGUUUUUUUCUUAAUAAAAUGCGAUUUUGGGGGGGAAGGGAGAGUAUUUAACUGCAUUGUGGUCAAAAUGAGAUUGUUUUGAAAUGUUUGUAAGUAGCUUACUAAAAUAAAGCUGUAUGUUUCAAAGAU